AUGGUUUCGAGCCGUCUCGCGCGCGCGCUGUCGCACACGAGAUCACCAUCGGUGUCAUCGUCGUUCACGCGUCCGACCCGACGUCGUGGACGCGCGCUGACGACGAUGGCGUCGCCGUCUUUAACGGUUGUGGAAAGUUUCACCAGAGUCUCGCGCGACAUCGUUCGCGACCGCGCCGCGUCGUCCGCGUCGGCUUCGACGUCGUCGUCCACGCUCACAGGGUGUGAGUACGAAAUCAUUCGCGCGCGACGCGCUGACGGGAAAGGCCCGCGCGUCUUCGUGGUGCCAGGUAAUCCCGGUUGCGCGGCGUUUUACGCGACGUUCGCGAAAACGCUGUGCGACGAGUUGGACGCCGUGAGGGUCGACGUCGUCGGUUAUUUGGGACACACCGAGGCCGAACGCCGUGGACGUAGCGAGUGGUUCUCGUUGGAUGAGCAAAAGACGCACGUAUGCGAAUACAUCGACCGAUGUUGCGACGACGAAGGGCCAGAGCCCGUCGUCGUCGUCGGUCACAGUAUCGGAGCUCACUUGGCGCUUCACGCGAUGUCUGAGCUCGGAUUUGACAGGGUGAGCGGUGUGGUGGGCUUGAUGCCGUUUCUUCACGUCAACACGCAAAGCACGCUGCAAUCGAGUCUGAGUUUCGUGACUCGAUUAUCCGUCGUUGUGCACGCGCUUGGACGAUUUUUAGACGCGUUACGAUUCGUCGCUCCGGGCGUUCGAUUGGCGUUGUUGAAGAAUACUGUGACAAAAUCCAUGGAUAGCGCCGCCGCGGACAUCACCAGCGCAUGGCUGAGAUGGCAAAGUCUGAUAAAUAUGGUAUUCAUGGGGCGGACCGAGUUCGCGCAAUUGACGACGCCGGUGAGCGAGUGCGCGCUCGUUCGCCGAGGCGCGGAUAACGGGCGCUUUGUCGCGGUGUACGCACACGACGAUCACUGGGCACCGUUUCACCAGCGUGAUGCUCUCGCAGCGUUAGACGUGGGCGUGUUCACAGUCGAUGAUCUCAGCGUCAAGCACGAUUUCGUCGUCAACGACGCCGCGGCCGAGCUCGUCGCGAAACAAACGGCGAAACUCGCGCAUAGAUUUUAA